UGAAGGGCGGGAGGGGGGUUGGGUGAGGUGACGGAGCGGGCGGGCGGUAACGGCUGCCGGCAGCGCGGAGCUGUGAGAGCCGCGCGGGACGGGGGGAGCGGCCGAGCACUGAGGAAACGGGAGCCGGGCUCUGAGCGUGUGGGUUUUCCUUCUCGUCUUUGUUUGCUUUUAGGUGCUGAGGGAAAGUUGCUUGUGCGUGCUGCAAAGCGCGGCGUUGUUACGCGAACCGUUAUUUUUAACGCGUGAAGAGCAAGGUUGGAUUAGAGGAAGUUUCUGCUCUUUGCUUCGGUCUCCCCCAGUGCAGAGAAUGACAGAACAGCAUUCCGAGAGAGAACGUGGAUUUCCUUUUGGGAUGAUAGCCCUGCCUUUCCUUUUAUUCCCGUGUUAUUGACAUCAUUUCAUCCACAGCCAGGUGGACACAUGGAUACAAACGUUUUCCUUGCUGAGACAUUACCACAGCCCCUCCAUUUUUCUAUUCCAUUGAAUUCAGCUAUAAGUGUGUUCCAGAGAUAACUAGACAUUGUGAUCUUCUUAGAAAUAUCGUAUGCACACAUAUACAGCUGCAACAGCAGAAAGUGCCUAAAGAAGAGCACCAGAUGUGACACCGUAUGAUCCCUUACCACCCUGAACACGGCUCACUGUGGCAUUAGCACUUUCUGAAUCAGAAGUAUUGCAUUAUGCUGGGCCAAAAACAUUGGUUUCCACUUCCCAGUCUAAUUCUUCCCUUAUAUUUCCUAUCUCCUGUUUGCCUUUUAUUGUUUGUUUUGGUUAGAGAAGAAAGCAAGCCAACAAACUGAGUAUUGUUGAAUGUUGUUCUGCUGAACACUGAAGAAACAUUGAACACUGUUUUCAUAACAUUAACUUCGUAGAUCACAGGAUAUCCUUUAGUGUUAGCAUCUAAAUCCACUAAAUAGUUAUACAGAUCACUUAUCAUGCAAUAAUUAGCUUUUAAUUCAGUGGUGCGUCUGUGCAAAAACACCCUGAAGAAAGGUAUUCGCAACUCAUUUUCUGGAGGAGUUAUAUUUGUCAAGUCCAAGGGUGAGAAGAGAUCCAAUUGCAUUCCAUGUGAAGCAAAGCAGUCAGUUUCAAAGGCAACAGCGCAGUCCUCUCCAGUGACAAAAGGUGUACAAGAGGAUGUUGUCCAGUGGUAAUAGAAAUGUAACCGAACCAGAGGGUGGUGGAACAUGGCUCCCAUUUGAAUGACUGUGAUUCCAGCAGCUGCAUACUGGUUUAAAAAUAAAGCAACGAUCUGAUUCUCUUCUGUCCUGGUGCUCGAGUCACGCGCUCCUGCAGAGCUUUUUGUCGGAAGUUUGCUUUGCAGAUAAGAACUACACGCAAAUGCUCCUAAUUAUCCAACAUAAGAGCUCUGGUGACCGCUUCAUUUACGCUAAGUACUUUAGCUUUCUAUUUUUGAGUAGUUUAGAGACGUAACUGCAUUUACUCAGCAGAACAACUAACGGAGGCAGGAAAGAACAGCGCGCGGAGGCCUGGCCCGACCGCGCAUGCGCCGAUCCCCGGGGCGCGCCCGCUCGAUGUCUCGGCCUGCGGCUGCCGCUGUCUGACCGCUCCAGGCCGAAGCGAGCGCUGCCGGAGCGCGGCCCCCUCGCUGCCCCUCAGCCCGCGUCGCCGCCGGCAGGAAGCAUGUUCCGCAACCAGUACGAUAACGACGUGACGGUGUGGAGCCCCCAGGGGCGAAUUCAUCAAAUAGAAUAUGCCAUGGAAGCUGUGAAGCAAGGCUCAGCCACUGUGGGGCUGAAGUCAAAAACACAUGCUGUUCUGGUUGCUCUAAAGCGAGCACAGUCUGAGCUGGCAGCUCAUCAGAAAAAAAUCCUGUACGUUGACAACCAUAUCGGUAUCUCAAUUGCUGGACUUACAGCUGAUGCAAGACUCUUGUGCAAUUUUAUGCGUCAGGAGUGUCUGGAUUCUAGAUUUGUGUUUGAUAGACCUCUUCCAGUGUCUCGUUUGGUGUCACUAAUCGGAAGCAAAACGCAAAUACCAACGCAGCGCUAUGGCAGAAGACCAUAUGGUGUAGGACUGCUCAUUGCAGGUUAUGAUGAUAUGGGCCCUCACAUCUUCCAGACUUGUCCCUCAGCAAACUAUUUUGACUGUAAAGCAAUGUCCAUUGGUGCUCGUUCGCAAUCAGCACGAACUUACUUGGAAAGACACAUGACUGAAUUUACUGAUUGUAAUCUAAAUGAGCUAGUUAAACAUGGACUGCGUGCCCUGAGAGAGACACUUCCUGCUGAACAGGAUCUGACCACCAAGAAUGUUUCCAUUGGGAUUGUUGGCAAAGACAUGGAGUUCACAAUCUAUGACGACGAUGAUGUAGCACCAUUCCUAGAAGGCCUUGAGGAGAGACCGCAGAGAAAGCCUGCUCUGCCUGCUGAUGAGCCUGCAGAGAAGGCAGAAGAGCCCAUGGAACACUAGUUGGUGGACGGGUUCCUUUCUGCUGCCAUACGUGUUGCUGUACCGGAGCGUUUAUCCACGGGUGGUAACUUUAUCCUCACCUGUAUGCCUCUUAUGCUGAUACGUACUGAGGAUUGCUUUUAAAAAAGAAAUAAACCAACUCACCUAUCCUUAA